AUGUCCGACGAUAAUAAAUAUCGAUAUAUAAAUAUUUGCGAUAUCAAAUUUCCUAAACACUGGAGUCUUGGUUUUAAUAGUGAAACUAAAAAAUUUUACUCUGCACAAAUACCUGAAUCUCCAAAAUAUCUACAAAAUACUGAAUUUCCAUUUCCUGAUGAAACAUCCGACCACGAUAAGCAUCUAAUAAAGCAAAUGAAAGUAAUACUUGACACGGAAACAUAUAACACAGGAGAUGAUUUCGACGUAGCCGAAUCAAUAGAAAAAUGGUGUCAAAAAAACGACCAGACGCCCGAAAAAAUUUAUCAAAUGCUGAAAAAGAAUUUUUUGAAUUCUCCCGCAUACUGGUCAUGUCUUCUAGGCUUUUUCGAACAGUGCAAACUUGUAGAUAUUGGAAAUUUAAAAAAAGCAUUACGUUUCUAUAUUAUCGCGGCGGCUGGAUCCGAUGCCUUUGCGGCUAAUCAAGUGGGUUUCAUUCAUCCACGGCAUAAACAGCAUUCCGAAUACUGUACAAAGUUUUAUAGAAAAGCAGCGAACGGGGGUCAUGUACAUGGAUAUUUGAAUCUCACUAAUAAGUAUUAUUUCGAUGAACAGUUUAGAAAUUAUUUUAUCUGCUUUUACCGUUCCGCUUGUAAAGGCUAUUUAAAUGCUUACGACGAAGUGAGUAUAUGUUAUUCGAAAGGAUGCGGUGUUAAAAAGGAUGAACAUAUGGCAUUUCGAUGGAAGUUACGAUUGAGGAAUGCCAGGAGAGAAUCACAAGUGAGAUAG